AUGGAGCAGGCGGCUGAUACCCUCAUACGCCCAAAUCUAAUUAUUUUAUUAUAUUUUUUUGGCAGCUACAGGACAAACUACUUCAUUUUGAUAGUAUUCGUUCUGGGGGUUGCAUGUCUCACAAGGCCGAUGGCUAUUCUUGCUGCUGCUUUGACAGCUUUAAGCUUUGCUUUUCUUAAUGAUAGUUUUUCAGCUACUUUCAGUGAAAAGGUGACAAGAACAGUAAGAAAGUUCUCUCCACAUUUGGCAGCAAAGAUGAGGCCUCCUCACAUGCCUGUCAUUCGUGGCCGUCCUUCAUCCAAAAAAUCAGUAUACAUCUGUGGCCAACCUCGUGGGGUGUUUGUCUUCUUAUUCUCAGCUGCCAGUUUUAUUCUGUGGUUCACUUCUGGCACUCUGCUGUUUGUUUUAUGGGCAUUUGGCAUCAGCCUCCUUGUUACAGUUCUUCAUGCAAGUGUCAGGACACCUAAUCUGAAGGCACGCCUCAACACAUUCCGGGAAGAAUUUCGUGCUGUGUGGCGCAAUUAUAGUGAGCUGUGACUGGUCAUGGAGUUGAAGUGUACCACUCCAUCCCUCAUUCGCAACUUCAAUUUCAGUUAAGUUGCAAGUAUUCUUUGUAAAUAUAAACAAAUUGUCAGCUCAUUCGAUGGAGGAUGUUAGAAAAAAGAAAAAAAAAUAUUCUGCUUGAUUUUCUUUUUUCCCUUCUGUGUUAUGAAGUGCCCAUAUAUUUUUCUUAAAUAACUAUGACCUUCUUCUGUGAUUUACCCGGAGUUCGAAAGUCAAAGAAAGAACUGUCGUUUUAUUAUCGAUUUUA